AUUUAAAUUUAAAGAAAUGUUCUCUAAAGCCGAUUGUUUGUUUGUUCUAUAUGACGACGACACAGUUGAAGUUGACCACCUAAAUGCUUGUAGUUCUAUGAAGAUCAUCUACGACAAGCUACUAUCACUAAACAAGAGAGUCAAGUAUUUGAAAGGUGGAAUGAAAGAAUUUCUUGCCAGCCAAUCAAAUCACUGCAGUGAUCCGUUGACCAAUGAGCUUCAACCAUUGCUCUUCAGUCCUACCUCCCCUUACAUCGACACCGCCAUUGACACAGCAAUCAUGACUGAAAUUUUGCCAUAUCUUUAUUUAGGAAACGAAAAAGAUGCGUCCGACAUAGAUCGACUACGACUCAACAACAUCACGCAUGUACUCAACGUAACUUCGGGAAUUCCCAUGUACUGUGAUGCUGCCCGUGACAUUUCUGGCAGAAGGCUGCCUGCAUCUGACAGUGGAUCUCAAAACAUCAAACAGUAUUUCGACGAAGCCAUUAAAUUUAUUGAAUCAGCCCGUCAGUCGAACGGCCGUGUCCUGAUCCACUGUCAGGCCGGCGUCUCCAGGUCACCCACAAUCACCAUGGCCUACUUGAUGGCCAAGUUCUCGUGGUCGUACAUGCAAGCAUUCAAUGAGGUGAAGAAGAGGAGGUCCAUCAUAUCACCCAACAUCAAUUUCCUCGGACAACUACUCGAGUUUGAAAGCAGGGCUGUCAGUUUAUUUUCCAGUGAAUGAAAAUAUUUUUUCCUCAUUUUUUAAACUUGUUUCAUUUUCGUUUCAGAAUGUUUUUUAAAUUUUCUGUUCAAGUAUUCAUAUUUUUUUUUGUAGCUUGUUCGUUUUGUAUCGUAAUCUUCGUGUAUUAAAUUUGUUCAAAAAAAUUUGUCAUGUUUUUAUGUUGCGCCUGUCCUGUAUCUUCAAGUAUUUUACUGUAAAAUUACACACUUUGCCCUCGUGUUUGGAUUAUAUAAUCACUUUUCUUUAAAAGUUCUAGAGAAAAAAAUUAAUGG